ACGGAACUUGGUUGUAUCCUUCGUGCGAAAGAAGGAAACGCCUUCCUUCGGGCCUGAAGACCGUUUGAUCAACCACUGCACCGCUCUCAAAGCAUUCCAAACUCCGCCAUUCCCGCCUGCACAGCUCUGAAAGGGAGCACUGGACUAUCCAACGGUCUCUGGGGCGAAGGAAGGCAUAUCCUUCUUUGGCGCGAAGGACACAACCACGAUGAGCAGCGAACGCAUGCGGCUGGCAUUUGGACUUUUUGAAAUGAUCGGGUUUAAGAUAGAACGGUUCGUGAGAACAGCAGAAGCGUACAUUAGGGCGAGUGACCGGAGUACGACAACUUGAAGGGGUCACCGAGGGGAGUUAAGUUGUUGCUUACCUUUACUUUAGCUUAACCAGGUUCUGAAGAAGGGAAAUUGGGGCGAGGUUUCGAGAGAGAAGGGCAAGGAGGAGAUGGGGCGGGCACCGAGGCCAAUCGCGGAAGAUGAUUACGAGACCGAACAGCAAAAGCAAGCUGCUGCAGAUGUUCUUUUCCAUUAUUCACAGUUUGUUAUGGUGUGCAUUGGAGAAGGAGUUCGCCCAAGUGAUUUAAGAUUGCAUUUGAUGAAGGAAAUUUCAGGAAUGCCAACCUCGUUGAAGAAAGAACCUUUAUCAGCAGCAGCGUCUCCUGAUUCCACAGGCGAACCAUCAUCGUCAGGAACAAUGAAAGGAAACAAAAAUGAAGGCUCCUAAUAAUCUUGUUAUGAAAAAUAAGUUGUUGUCUCUUAUUCUGGUCGAGCAUAAAAACUAAACCUGAAUGAGGACAUCAUCCUCUUGAUUCUGUGAACCUCAAGGAUAAAAGUUAUUUUUUUCAGGAGGUAGACAAAAUGUAGCUCACUUAUAAUGACGUAAACAUUUCCUAAUGAAUGCCGUCUUGAGUGUAAUUAUAGUGCACAUAUAUAUAUGGAAUUCAGAUAUGUUAUCUUCUUUU